AUAGCUCAUAAACUAAAUGGAAAUGCUGAUUUUGAUCAGAUUAUAAAAUUGUUAUUUUGAAAUAUUUGGGCAAAAAGUGAAGAAUUAAAACCUAAUACAUAUCUAUUUAUUUGCUGUUCAAGAAUGUGUGUAAUAGAUGUUCCGGAAAACUCCCAGCUAUCUGGCACUUGGUCUCAUGGUUGAUCCUAAUGAUGUCUGUGUAUUUCAUGUAGGCCUAGUAUUGUACUGGCUUUCUCUAUUGGAAUCAAAAUCAAAAGCUCAUUUCGAAAAAAAAAGCAGUGCCUUGUUCUUUGAUCGGCAUUUUCUUAAAUUUCUGCAAAAGUUGUGAAUUAUAAUUGCAAGUGGAUUAAUUCAGACUCCAUUUUUACACAUGGCGAGCGGCUCUUUCAGAAUCGAACAAUGCCUUGUGGAGUGGGGCUAGGUCGGUGCACACAAGCAUCGCUCAAAUAGCCUUGGCUCGAUUUGUUUCACAAAGAAGAACAAGACGUCUGCUUGGUUCAGAGUCUGUCGAUUGAAACAUCUCUUACAACAUAUGCAAACGUCUGAUUUUUUUAAAAAUCGCAAAUCACCAUUCUGAUUGCAAUGGAGUGUCCGCACAUAGAAGGAAGUGCAAGAAUAGCAUUUGAUUUGUCAAAUGUAACGCCGAGCACGGAAAGCCCAAUUUUCAAGUGUUCUGUUUGUCAUACUGAAGAAAGCCCAUGGAUCUGUUUAACUUGUGGUGAAAUAAAUUGUGGCAGGUAUGUGAAAGGUCAUGCCAAGGAACAUCAUGAAGCUCACAGUGAACUUCAUGCUGUCUGUAUGGACUGCCAAAAUCUCAUGGCGUUCUGUUACAAAUGUGAUGAGUUCAUCAUCAACGACACAAGUUUUGGUCAUCUUCAAAAAUUGCGGCAGCAAUACCAGUCCUUAACCCAAGUGACAAACAACAGUGAACCUUGUCCUGAAAGUGACCAGAAUGUACCUAAAGGCAAAGUUCAUCGUCGAGAUUCUUCAGACUCAUUGGAGAAUGACAGAGAUCACAAGAGACGGAAAAGGGAUAAUAAGCAACGCAGACCAAAGGCUUCAGGGCUUAGAAAUUUGGGAAAUACAUGCUUCAUGAAUGCUGUAUUACAGUCAUUAAGCAAUAUACAAGAGUUCUGUGGCUACAUCAAACAACUACCAUCAUUAGACGACAAAAUACUCAAAGCCAAGAAAGUUCACAUCGCUCGAAAGGCAAAGGAUUCUGGCGAAGAUGUGCUGUUGGUCGAAGAACUGAGGAAAACUCUUGUUGCACUCUGGCAAGGAACAAAAGGAGCUAUUUCUCCAGAAUCUCUUUUCACUGUAGUUUGGAAAGUUGUCCCUAGAUUUAGGGGCUACCAGCAGCAGGAUGCCCAUGAAUUCAUGCGUUACCUCUUGGACAGACUUCACAUUGAGCUGUUAGAAUUGUUACCUUAUCCAAAUAACAAUUCCCCGUACAUCGGCCCAAAGGGCAAGAGCACUAUUGUCACUGCUAUCUUUGGUGGUCUGCUUCAGAGUGAAGUCCACUGUCUUAUAUGUGGUGUCGAGUCAAAAAAGCAUGAUCCUUUCUUAGAUCUGUCAUUAGAUAUUCCUGCUCAAUUUUCAAGUCGCCUCACGAAACCAAAGGAAGGAGAGCCCAUUUGUACAUUGUCAGAUUGUCUCUCAAGUUUCACAGAUGUUGAAGAGUUGGAAGAUUCUGAGUUGUAUAUGUGUAACAAUUGCAAGAAAAGACAAAGAUCAACAAAAAAAUUUUGGAUCCGCAGACUGCCAAAUGUCCUUUGUCUACAUUUGAAGAGGUUCAGAUGGAGUAUGUUCUGCCGAUUAAAAGUGGAAACGUUUGUUGAAUUUCCAAUUCAGGGGCUGGACAUGAACACAUAUGUUCUAAACAAUUUGCAUGAAACCAGAGGGAGCUUUUGUGGGAGCAAUUUAUAUGAUCUGGCUGCUGUCAUAGUGCACCAUGGCUCUGGUGCUGGGUCCGGGCACUAUACAGCGUAUGCUACAUAUGAAGGGCAAUGGUAUCACUUCAAUGACAGCACUGUGACUGCAUGUGAAGUGGAGACUGUGAUGCGUUGCAAAGCUUACAUCAUGUUUUAUGUGCGAAGAGAGAUCCGGCUACCAGACAGUCUCUGCGUCCGUGCACAGAGCAGUCUCAAUGGGCAGCAGAAGCAGCAGCAGCAGCAGCACGUCUCCGAACUCAGCUCUGGAGAUAUAGACAAUCAUAAAAAGAACAAAAUUGUGUCCACCUCAAAGCAAAAGUGAGAGUUUCUGAACUUCUUCCCUUCUGUGGGCUGUGGAGUGAUGAUGACGAUCAGUAUGUUUUUGUGUUGUUGCUAGUGGUUAUGUGUAAAAAACACUGUCCGCCAUCCUUCAUGUGAGCCAGACACAAAGUUGUCUUUCAUACCAUGUAAUAUUUUGUUGAUUCAAGUGUUCUCUUUUUUUGUUGUUGUUGUUUUUGUUUCCGAUGACCUUGCUGUUCUGCAAGAAGUUUCAUCACCAAAUGUGAAUAAAUGAGGGUAUUUUGUACUUGACAGGACUUCUGUCAAGAACGAAAUCAAUGAUGUGGAAUGUGUAUAUAUAUAUGUAUGUAUAUGGCUUACCUGUUUGACUGAACAUGUUACUACUGCGGCAGGUACCCAUUUUUAUGGCACAAUAAUCUUUAUGGAUUUGACAAAAAAUUUUAAGGGAGGUUGUUUUUAGAUGUGAGUUACUAGAUUUAAUUUUAUCCUUUUUUAAAGAUAUAUUUCCCUCAGCUCUAUAUUAAUUCAGAUGGGUGUUAUCUUCCGGUAUAUGCUUGAAUCCCAUUCUAGUUUUUGCAGAUCAGGGAAGAUGUUUUGAUUUUGGCAUCCUUCGUGGGGAAAAACAUCUAUCGUCCUUAUCUCCCCUUCUUCUUUUUUAUGUUUGUUACUCUCUUGUAACACCUCUAAUCAUCUGGCGCUCAUAUGACCUUUUGCAGUUGCGAGCACCGUAAAACCUCUACUAAAACUAAAAAAGGGGAAAUAGCUGAUGUUUAUCAAAUUUGUUGUGGUCAUGGAUGACACAGAAGGCACACAAUACUCCCGACCCCACAAGCAUCAUGUGCGAGAGACAGAACAUUCUAGUCUUUUUUUUUCUGCAAUGAGCUAGUUGGCUUUUCUUUCCAUAAUGAAGCAUAGGAGACUAGGGUUCUGGCUGAGAGUUGAAAAGUUCAGUGCUGUUUUUCUUUUAUUCUGUUUGUGUGGAACAUUUUUAACUCUUGUCCAUGUUUUUCUGGGGGAAAAAGUAGGCUUGUGGGAGAGGGUUGGUGAUGUAUUAUACUUUUAUUUUUCUAGUGCCCGAUGGAGGUGCUUGCUCACCUAUACCUCAGUUUGUGUCAUGGUUGUCUAUGGUGCAGGUGGCCUUGGGUCAAAUCCCCAAGAGGAUGUGAAUAGAUGAAAAUGACUGCAAGCUGAAAUUAGAAAGAGGAGGUUAGGCAAGGAAGAUUCAAAGGGGAGUGGCUUUUUAGCUCUGGUUUUUUUAAUUUCCACCGGAGGAUUUCUCAAUUUUGCGCAAAUCUGUUGGUGGCACCCACAGUUCUAUUCGAAAGAAAAACAGAAUGGUUAAUGCAUAGAUUUGCCAUCGAGAGCUUUCAUUUCUUCUUUCACUUUUGUGCUCUAUGCGUAGGAUGAUGACAGUUGAUUUUGUAAUUGAAUUAUUAAUCAUUUAUUGGAGGUGUCUUCGUGAAAAAUUUAACAGUUUACUUUUUUUUAAUUUAUGGUCACAAAAAGAAGAUCAGUGAAGUGGUAAGGAUUUCACCAUGAAAAUAUGACUAUGCCUUGUGAUUUCCAUGUGUUUCUCAAACAUGUAUUCAUCGUCAAAGCAUUUGUUGUUGCUCUUGAAAUUAUGCUACUAAAUUAAAUUGAGGUGCAUGGUAACAGUUCACCAUGCCUUCUCUCUGCUCUAUGCUGUUACUUCCCUGCAAUAAUGCGUAUCGUCAGCAAGUUGUUCAAGUGAACAAAGCCGAGGAAGUAAAAUUUUUUAGGACAAAUGUUUUUAAAAAACUGGUUUCAUCAUUCGUUUAACAAUUGUACCUACAUUGUGCUGCUUUUCUUGCUUUUGCCCUUUUUUUCUUUUUUUUUGGGGGGGGGGUCGUCAAAAUGAAAUUUUUUAAUUUCGACAAUAUUUCUUUAGCCAGUUCAACUAGAUCUAAUUCCACAGAUUAUUUUUAUUAAAUUGCAAUAAUUGAUUUUUUUUCAAAAUUUUGGGCAUAGUGCAUCUAAACAGCUGGAUGAUAUUAUGCUUUAUGUCUUUAUUCAAAUGAUAGUUCUUUAUUUUAUUUUUUUUAUAAAUACCUCAAUCGUAAUUGUUGCAAUGUUUUAGAAGCAAAAGAAUACAAAAUGCAUUUUCAUAUAUAUUUGAGUUGAAAGAACAAGUGUUUUUAUUAUAACAUCAUGGGUUUGGCUCAAAUUGGAACUGUUUUGCUCUAACGAACAAAUUGAGCAGCUAGUUUUUUUUUAUAAACAGUAAAUGUUGUACAUCCCUCAACACAAUUUAGAUUACUUCAGAGAUGGGCUGCUUUAACGCCUUAGUGGGCACCCUUCAUUAGUCUAUCACUCGCCCAGGACCAAGGCUGCCGCCUAUUUUUAGAAAAAUUAUGCACCUUGUGCACUUACAUUUGAAUGACUCCAGCAUGCUUAUCACCACUAUCUUCACUCCCAGAAUCCAUAUAAGAAAUUUGUGAAGUAUUUUUUCACUUUAAAAAGGUUGGGUUGUUUGAUGGGGGUUUGGGGUUAUUAAAUAUAAAUUUGGUCGGGGGAGGGGGGGUGUAACCAUUUUUAAAGACAGAUCUGGAUCUGGUUUCGUUUCAAUAAGAGAAUAGAGUGUGAGGGUAAGCUUCUGCUUGACUUGGAAAUAGAAAACAUGAAUAAGUAUACAUGUUGCUGGUCACUAAGGUGUUAACCCUGCCUAUCGGGGCUGAGGUGGAUAGCACAUCGGGGCAGGAAGACAGAGAUGAGAUACUCAAAUAGGGCAUCUUUACCUCAUGGGAAUCAAAGUCAGUUUUUCACCGGCGAGCAGAUGAGCCUGAUUAUUACUCCAGUGCAUGUUUUCCGAAAACAGGUUUGAAUGACGUCUCUUUGAGUGAGUAGUUCUGCAGUUUGGAUUUGUUUUUGCAUGUAUGGAGAGGUUGUUAGGUCUAUUACAUAGGCGAUUGUUUGUCUGACUGGCAUUUGUACUUACAAACAUUUUAGAUGUAUUUUUGUCUCAGUGAUACAAGUACAGUAUUGAUACUGCCUCUCAUAAGUUUGUUGCGUGUGCGUGUUUUUGUUUCUUUUGGCUGAUAUUGACACUAAGCGUUGCGUGAAAAGUGUAUUUAGGAUGGGCAAUUAUGAAUUUUUUUUUUUUUUUCUAGUAUCAAAAAAUUCUUUGUAAAAGUUCUAAUGUAAAACAGUUUGUGGGUUUCCUUGAGAAAGUCAAGCAUGAAAAAGUAAAUUAUUACACCAGUUUAAAUGUCAGUACAGAUUCAGAUACAGCUGUAGUUCUGCUUUUGUCUUUUGUUCUGAAACCUUUCAUAUACACUCAAGAAUUAGUUCUUUUAGAAUUUAAACUUUGUGAUGUCUAUUUUUUAUUUGUUUCCCUGCUUAGCUUUGUUCUGUGUAACUGCCUCAUGUAAACUGGCUGCCAUAUUUUACUUGUAACUUCUGUACAUAUGGCAGUCAAUGAUUGUAGAUGACUGCCUGUUGCCACCCUGAAGUAGGUCUCAGUUGGCUCCCCCAGUAGUGUCGGAAUGAAGGGAAGUUAGUGUGUCACAACAGUAUAUUUCUUUAGACUUUUAUGCACAUUGAUAACUAUCCUCAGAGUCGGAGCAAAAAGCAGAGAGAUUUAUGGCUAACCCAUCAAUGUCCUCAGCCUUUUCCUUUGAACCUUGAAGACAAGUGAAAGGGAUCUUGCAGCUCAUUAUUGUUCAGCUGUGCUUUGUAAAGGACCAGACCAGUAUUAGAAUAAUGCUUGAUGAAAUGUCUGGGAAUGAUUCAAAAUGAGCGGUUAGAUUGUUUUUUGUCUUUAAUUCAGGAAUGAAAGGUUGGUAUGCAUGUUUAAAGUGGGAUGGGUGUGUUAUGCUUUAUUGAACUUUAUGUCUUUUUUUCUUUGUUUGGUGUUUUCUCAUUUGUUUUGUCAUAUUUUAAUUUCGGUUAGCUCCAUAACUAAUGUGACUAAUUUGUUAUUACCUCUACAAUAUUAUUUCAACUGUGUUUCAUUCCAACACUUUAGCAUUCCUGCAGCGCAAUGAAGAAAGUGCUGGAUAAUAUCAGUGUCAAAAUUCUUUUUUUUAAAUCUUUAUUUCCUUGCUCCUCCCCUCGGCUUCCUAUGCUGUAAUAUACCAUAUCAUUUAUAUUGUCAUUGUAAUGGGGAGGGGGAGAUAGAAUUUCAGCCGUUGCCUACUACAUUAAAAAAAAAAUAAAUGAAGGUAGGAUUGGCGAAAGGUAUUAAUGAUAUGACUUUUCCUGUAAAAAAAAAAUUAAACAAGGCAUAUAUAAAUUAAUGAAGGAUUAUUGUCUGGAGGGAAAGCACUCCCUCCUCAUGUAAUUUUUUACAUAAUUUAACUUUAAUUUUCUUAUUUUAUAGAGGAAAGAAAUUGAAGAUUGUUUUCUCAAGAAAAUUUUAUUAAGUUUCUGUUUUAGUUCCCCUUGUUUUCUGUUGUUAUUUUUCGUUAUUGCUAGGGUGAUAACGCUGGUGUAAUAUUGUUUCAAUGUAAGUGCAUGCAGUAUGUAUGAUCUUUUGCACCAAUGUGUUCAGGGCUUUUUUGUAAGUUCCAUGUAUUGUUAUUGCUUAUCAUGAAAUUGACAGUGGUUAUUUGGUUGUUUUUGUUGUUUCUGGGUUUAUUAGUUGUAUGUGCUUAACAUGAUGAGAAUAGCAAAUAAAUUUUUUUUUUAAAUCUCG